CGCCGCCACAAUCACCGCCACCAUGGACUCCUCGCGUGGCCCUCCGCGGGUCAAGAACAAGGCGCCGGCGCCGCAGCAAAUCUCUGCUGAACAGCUGCUGCGAGAGGCUGUGGACCGACAGGAACCCGCUCUCACUGCGCCGACGCAGCGGUUUGCCGAUCUGGAAGAGCUCCAUGAAUACCAGGGCCGGAAACGUAAAGAGUUCGAAGACUAUGUCCGCCGCAAUAGGCUCAACAUGGGCAAUUGGUUCCGAUAUGCCGCCUGGGAACUCGAGCAAAAGGAGUACCGUCGCGCGCGCUCAGUCUUCGAGCGUGCCUUGGACUGUGAGCCGACAAAUGUCCAGCUAUGGGUCAGGUAUAUCGAAGCAGAGAUGAAGGAGAGGAACAUCAAUCACGCCCGAAACUUGCUCGAUCGCGCAGUGACUAUUCAGCCGAGAGUCGACAAGCUGUGGUACAAAUAUGUCUACAUGGAGGAGAUGCUGGGAAACGUGGCUGGCACACGUGCAGUAUUCGAGAGAUGGAUGAGUUGGGAGCCCGAUGAGGCUGCCUGGGCUGCGUACAUCAAAUUGGAGACGAGAUAUGGCGAGUUCGAUCGUGCACGUAACAUCUUUGAGCGCUUCACCAUUGUACACCCGGAGCCUAGAAAUUGGAUCAAGUGGGCACGCUUUGAAGAGGCAAACGGCACGAGUGACCUCGUCCGGGAUGUGUUCGGCAUGGCCAUCGAAACGCUCGGAGACGAAUUCAUGGACGAAAAGCUGUUCAUUGCGUAUGCCAGAUUCGAGGCCAAGCUGAAAGAAUUUGAGCGUGCUCGCGCCAUUUACAAAUAUGCUCUGGAUCGCAUGCCGCGCUCCAAGUCUGCCACGCUCCACAAGUCGUAUACCACCUUCGAGAAACAAUUUGGAGAUCGCGAAGGAGUAGAAGAUGUGGUGCUAUCAAAGCGUCGGGUGCUCUACGAGGAGCAAGUGAAGGAGAAUCCCAAGAACUACGACGCUUGGUUCGACUACGCCCGCCUUGAGGAAGCUGGAGGCGAUCCUGACCGAGUCCGAGAUGUAUAUGAACGCGCGAUCGCCCAGAUGCCCCCUUCACACGAGAAGCGCCAUUGGAGACGGUACAUCUAUCUCUGGAUCUUCUACGCCAUGUAUGAGGAGCUCACAACCAAGGACUUGGACCGCGCUCAACAGGUUUAUGAUGAGGCGAUCAAAAUCGUGCCGCAUAAAAAAUUCACAUUUGCCAAAAUCUGGGUAUUGAAGGCGCAAUUUCACCUUCGAAGACAAGAACUGGAUAGGGCUAGGAAGACUUUGGGAAUGGCCAUUGGACUCUGCCCGAAGAACAAAGUCUUCCGAUCCUACAUCGAGCUCGAACUCAAGCUAUUCGAGUUUGUACGUUGUCGGACGCUGUAUGAGAAGUGGAUUGAGUUCGACUCUAGUAAUUCCCAGGGCUGGAUCAAAUUUGCGGAAUUGGAGAGAGGCUUGGAAGACUUGGAGCGUGCACGUGCCAUUUUCGAAUUGGCCAUUCAGCAGGAUCAACUGGAUAUGCCCGAAUUGGCAUGGAAAGCGUACAUUGAUUUCGAAGAGGAAGAGGGCGAAUUCGAUAAAACGCGCGAUCUGUACGAAAGGCUCUUGCAGAAGACGCAGCACGUCAAAGUCUGGAUCUCGUAUGCCCAUUUCGAGAUCAACGUUCCCGAUAAGGCGGAGGAGUCCUCCGUUGAGGCAGAAGACGCACCCGUGUCUGAUGCUGCUAAAGCGAGAGCGAGACAAGUGUUUGAGCGUGCGCACAAGGCAUACAAAGAAAGACAACUGGUGGACGAGCGGGUCUCUUUGCUUGCUGCGUGGAAGAGCUUCGAAGAUACGCAUGGCUCCCCUGAGGAGAUCGAGAAGGUGGCCAAGAUGCUGCCAAGGAAGGUCAAGAAGAGGAGAAAGCUGGACGACGGCAGUUUCGAGGAGUACAUGGACUAUGUUUUCCCAGCGGACGACGCAAGUAGCGCGAAGAUGGCCAAGCUCAUGGCGCAGGCGCAACAGUGGAAGCAGUCGCAGGCCAACGCCGCGGGUUGAGUGCGUGGUGAAGCUCGGCGACUGCAUCAUUGGUCGCACUGUUCAAUAUUGCGCGUCCCUCGCAGGAGAGGGACCGGGAGUGAGCGGGCUCAAGCAGCUGUGCGAAGUGUGCUCUUGACUGAGCACGCAUGGUGACGCGUUGACUUUGAGCUUUCGUCGACGUUUAGGAUGACUGGAAACGAUUCGUGAGAUGUCCAAGCGGAUCGCAGACACCCUCGCAAGCUCCAGGCACAUGGAUGUUUCUGCAACAAAAUCAAAGACGUUUCGGCGGGCAGGUGAGUUUCAGGUCAGCUCCCCUACACUGCAUAUUUCAUUCCGUAGGUGAUCCGACCGCCCUGCGCGCAUAUUCGGACUUCCGUCGGCUCCUGAGUACAACCACGGACGAGGAAAGCAGGUGCAGUAUGAAGUGGC